CUCAUUCACAUCAACUCCUGGCAGACAUGAAGCAGCCACUUUACCAUGGACAAUUCAAGCUAUCAGCGGUAGUUUGAUCCAGCCCGAGUGUGAGAGGACUGAGAGUGAAGCCAGGAUGGAAAGCUCAGAGGAAGAGGAGGUUUCUGGUGCACUGGGGGCUUCAACUGGUCCUGAGAUGAGGGAAAAAGACUCUUCUGAAAACUUCAGAGGCAGUUUGAUCCAGACCGAGUGUGAGAGGACUGAGAGUGAAGACAGAAUGGAAAACUCAGAGGAAGAGGAUUCCUCUGAUGCACCUUGUAGUGCAUUUGGUCCUGAGAAGAAUAAAAAAGACUCUUCUCAAUAUGACAAGCAGAUCCCUCCAGUCAAGAUAACAGUCUCUAACAUCAGCAGUGAGUCACUGUCUCUGCAGUGGGACACUCCUGCUGAUGAAGUGGAGAGUUUUACUGUGACCUGUUCCACUGAGGGAGAGACUGAUCAACAAGUGACCACAGACACCAACAGUGUAACACUCAGCAACCUGAAGCCAGCAGUGUGUUACUCCCUCCAUGUUUCUGCACAGCUGAGAGAUGGAAGACAAAGCAGGCCGGCCACAACAACAGCUGAAACAAGUGCAGGGGGCUCUGGAGCGGCAGCGGUUCCCUGGUGGUGGUCCCUUUUUCUCUUUUUGUUUGCUGUGUCACGGGUGCUGUGUUUUUGGAUCCUUUCCCCUUUCCGUUACCGCGGUCGUGCCAGAGAAGGUUUGAACCAGACCGAGUGUGAGAGGACUGAGAGUGAAGCCAGACUGAAAGGUUCAGAGAAAAAGGAACUCGCUGAUGCACCCGAGGCUUCACUUGUUUCUGAGAAGAGGGGAGAAGACUCUUCUGAAAAUGACAACCAAAAAAGCCCUGAAGACAGUCAGGGUCUGAACUCUGACCCCAACAGUUGUGUUCACCCACCAGAAAGUGGAACCCAAAGCAAAGCAGCCUCCAUGUCAGAGUCAGCAGUUUCAGUCACAGAGAGUUUGAUCCAGACUGAGUGUGAGAAGACUGAGGGUGAAGUCAGAAUAGAAAGUUCAGAGGAAAAGGAACUCGAUGAUGCACCCGAGGCUUCACUUGUUUCUGAGAUGAGGGCAGAAGACUCUUCUGAAAAUGACAAUGUUUCUUCACCAGACCAAAAAAGCCCUGAAGACAGUCAGGGUCUGAAUUCUGAACCCAACAGUUGUGUUCACCCACCAGAAAGUGGAACCCAAAGCAAAGCAGCCUCCAUGUCAGAGUCAGCAGAGACCCACCUGGAGAGCCUUUUGAAGGAUCUGGGAUUGGAGCAGUUCUACACACAGAAACUAUCACUCAGUAAGAUACUUCAGAUUGAUCAGAAGACCACUGAUGACCAACCUCCCAAGUGUAAAUCAGACCUCCCUUGGUCUUUUCUGAAGAAACUGAUGAUGGUGAAUAUAACAGCCAGAAAUGUGAAAUAUACAUCAGAAUGUGAAAGUGAUGUGUCAGAGGAUGAUGAGUUUGAUCUGGAUGAUCUCGUGAGCAGUUCAAAGACUGCAGAUGUGCUGAAUCCGCUCGACAUAAUCACUGUUCUCUUUCUGUGCUCUGAUGGUUUUGUGCAGCAGGAAUUAGCUCUCAAAAUGUCCAUGUGUCAGUUUUCUGUGCCUCUGCUGCUUCCUGAUUGUGAUAAAAAUCAGAGCACAUUGAUGGUGUGGGCUUUGAGAGACAUUGUUAAAAAGUACAGACCCAAAUCACUCUCUGAAUCCAAAGGCUUCACUGAAGACAGAAUCGUUGUGUCUGAGCUACCAAUGAUCUCUUUUGUGAGACUGGGUGAGUGCUAUUUGUCCAAGUCAGAGAUCCUCAACAAGCUCCUGAGCAGCUCUCAGCAGUACCAUGACACCUUUGUUCACCGGAACAUGGACUGUGGAGACAGACCACGAAGAAUAUCCAAUGGACUGACUGAGAUAACUUGGUACCUUCCUUGUGGCAAAGAAAACAUUGAUAUUUUCAGCCACCCAGUGGCUUUAGCUAACCUCAGAGGAGACAUUGCCUCUUUCCAAACACAGUUCUCCUUUUUGUGUCAAACAUCUGCAGCAGUCUUUGUUUUCUUUGAUAAUCUCGACCCUGAGUGUAAACUACUGACCAACCUGAAGAGCAAGUCAGAGAUAUUCUUAGUGGGAAACCACCAGAGCAGGAACUUUAGUCUAGAUGCUCUGAAAGAAAUAGCAAGUGACAUGUCCUUGAAAAAAAAAAACAUAAUUUUGAAGACGAAAUCCAUCAAUGAUGCAGACUUUGUGACAUGUCUGAGAGAAGCAGUUACUCAUGUAGUUGAGAAAACAAAGAUGAAGAUGCGAAUUGAGCAGAUGACUGAGGUUGCCCAUGAACUGGGAAUCUUGGUGGAUGAAGACUCUCCACAGUGCCAGACUGGAAGGAGAAAAGCAGAUGCCAUCACUGCUGAAAUUCAAGACAUCCUGAGGUACAAAGAAGAUCAGCUGCCAUUGCAAGGCCAACUAUGGAAAGACUUGACUUCCUUAGAGAAGGAAGUCGUUCGACUCCGAAAAGUUGGAUCUAAAAACAUUGAGAAGUACAAAAGUGACCUUCAGCUGCAGAAAAAUGAACUGCGAAAGAAACAAAACACUUAUGACAUUUCCCCAGCAAUGACAUCCUUUAUCAGUGCAAUAUCAAGCAACUCUUUAGAGAGAGGCUUUUUCCUGAAGUGGAUGCGAAUUAACCUUGAUGACAUGUCUCGUGUAAAACUGUCUGAACUGAGGGAGCUGUACAAAGAAAAGUGCAAGAAGUCUGAGAACAAUGCAGAGAUCAAAAAAAUUGACCAACAGCUUUCUGACAGUUCACUGGGCACUGAACACUUCUUCCGUGAAAUGGGUCAAAUCUAUGAAGCUUCACGAGCUCCACAAAUAACUGAUUCAUCACGUCAGCAGUUAAACCAUCUGCCCAAACUGGGUGCACAGCUGCUACUUGAUGGACUUCCACUGGAGCUUGUAGAUGGAGAUGCUUCCAACAUCCCUCUGAGCUGGGCCAGUGAUGUUCUCUCUCAGCUCAAUGACUUGGUGGGUUCUAAGAACAGGAUACUGGUUGUUACAGUUCUGGGAGUUCAGAGCACAGGAAAGUCCACUCUCCUGAACACCAUGUUUGGAGUGCAGUUUGCAGUCAGCAGUGGUCGAUGCACUCGUGGUGCCUUCAUGCUGCUCAUCAGAAUUGAUGAAAAGCUCCAAAAAGAGCUCAACUGUGACUUCAUGAUGAUCAUUGACACUGAAGGCUUGAAGUCACCAGAACUCACCCAGCUGGACAACAGCUAUGAACAUGACAAUGAACUGGCAACACUUGUUGUGGGGCUGAGCGACAUCACCAUUAUCAAUAUUGCAAUGGAGAAUUCAACAGAAAUGAAGGACAUCCUCCAGAUAGUCGUGCAUGCUUUCCUCCGGAUGAAGGAAGUGGGCAAAAAGCCACAAUGUUACUUUGUUCACCAGAACGUGUCUGAUGUUUCAGCCCACGAGAAGAACUUAAGAGAUCGGAAGCUGCUCUUUGAACAGCUGGAUGAGAUGACCCAGGCAGCAGCCAAAAUGGAAAAGAAAGAGCAGAACCAGAGCUUCACUGAUGUGAUGGCGUAUGAUCCUGACACUGGGAGCUGCUACAUUCCUGGUCUCUGGACUGGAAACCCUCCAAUGGCACCAGUCAACACAGGCUACAGCGAGGCUGUUUAUGAGCUCAAGAAAAACAUCAUCCAGCUCCUGAGAAACAGAGAUUCAUCUGUUAACACAGUGUUGGAGUUUAAAGAGUGGAUGACAAGUCUGUGGAAUGCAGUGAAGCAUGAAAACUUUCUCUUCAGCUUCAGAAACAGCCUCGUAGCUGACGCCUACAUGAGACUCUGCACAGAAUUCAACAAAUGGGAAUGGGAGUUCAAAAAAGAAAUGUACGACUGGGUCAAAAAUGCAGAAACCAAAAUUUGUAAUGUUGGUACCCCUGCUGCACAAUCACAAAUAUCUGACUUGAAACAAUUUCACAGUCAGUUAAAAACUGAAGCUGUCACAGUGAUGUCUGUCCGGGAGAAAAAACUACUUGACAAAGUAACUCAGUACUUUGAGCAAACAGAUGGUCAUGUCUAUCUGGUUGUUGGACACAAAGAAGAUUUUGCAAACAGUGCAAGAAGCCUUCGAAAACAGACUGAGAGGUCUGUACUUGAUCAGCUUCAAACAGCAGUGGACAUCAAACAGGGGAUGGUAGAGCUCGACAGAAUUAAAGAAAAUCACACAAAAGAAAUUGAAAAAGCAGUGUGUGAGCUGAUUGACAAAUGUCGGAAGAGAAAGGUUCAGAUGAUAAAUGAUAAGCUUGACAAGGAAUUCAACAAGAUGUGGGAAGAAACACUGAGCAAACUAACUUUUCCCAAACAACAUGUUACAGAUGUGUUUGGAGAUGUUUUUCGGCAUCUGCGAGAAAAUCUGGCACACAGGGGAAGUUAUGCACAUGAAAUAUUAAGCAAAACAAGGCUGGAAGAUUGUGGGAAGAAGCCUUUUAAAUAUAAACCAGAGAGAUUCCUAAAAAAAAUGAAAGAUGGAUUUUGGGAUUUGUUUAACGCUGAAACUCACACUAAAGUUGCACAAAAAAGUGCUGAUUUCGUCAUCGGCACUUGUGAAAAAUACGUGAAUAAUAAGCAAAACCAAAAAACCAAUUACCACGACACUUACAUCGAAGAGAUACUCCAGAUCAUUGACCAGCAUCUGGAAAAGAAUGAAGAUCUUAAGAAGGACACAGAGUUUGAAGUUUCUCUGAAACUGCACAUCUGUGGAUUCGCAGCCAGAGAAUUUCAGAAAAUGCACGAAGAUUUCUUAGAAGAAAACGAUCCUCGCAAAUGUCUCAUGAAAUACAAACCAAAGUUUUGUGCUGAUUUCAAAGAUGUGUUUCAUGAACGAGAUCAGUGCCAGAAGAAAGCUGAAGAGUUUGUCAACAAAUGCUUGAAACCUGCUGUUGAAGACUUCAUCAAUCGUUACCUGGGUCCUUCUAUUGUGGAUGAAAUGUUGAAGAAGAAGGAAUUCAGCACACGAGUCGCUUUCCAGUACUGCAUUUUACUGGAUUUGCUUUCAAAGGAAAACUUUGAUGACUACUUGUGCUUCACUUCCUCCUAUGAGAGCUUUGUAAAGAAGUGGAUCCUUCAAAAAAUAGAGGGACAUUUUCCAAGUCCCUCCAAAACAUUUGAGUUUGAGAACCGACAUCUUGAGACAAGUGUCAGCCACAUAACUGAAGCCAUUGAAAAGGCCAAAACACUAAACAGAGAGAAUGUGAAAAGUUUAGUGGAGGAAAUCUGCAAAGGGCUUGGUGAUAAACUGGUCAUUUCCCAGGAUGCACUUGGAGCAUUCAUGAUCCUGAACAAUGCUGAUCAGGGCAAGUUUGCUGACUGUCUCACACUUCCAGUGAAUGACAUGAAAGAAAGUCUGAUAAACACGUUCAAAACUAAUUCUAUUAAACAAAAACUAAAAUGUCUCCACAUGCAGCCUCAGGAUGAGCUUUUCCAGAGAGUGAUCGGAUGUGGCAAACAGUGUCCAUUCUGUGCUGUUCCCUGUGAGGCUGGAGGAGAAGCUCAUACACAACACUGGGCCUCAUUACACCGGCCAAGGGGUCUGGGUAGAAGGACGUGGAAGGACACGGACAAACUUAUAACUGACAUCUGCUCAUCUGCCGUUGUGAGUGAUGUUCGCUUUAGCUGCAAGGAAACAAACCAUCAAUAUCAUCCUUACAAGGACUACAGAAAAAUAUUCCCUGACUGGGAUAUUUCUCCAGAUGGAAGUCUUGAGGCUUCAGACUACUGGAAAUACAUCAUGACCAAGUACAAUGAUGACUUUGCCAAAGAGUAUGAUGCAAAGUCUGCUGACAUUCCUGCAGCUUGGAGAAAGAUCACACCUCAGCAGGCAAAAGAAAGCCUUCAAAAGUCAUUUUACAUGAAGAAGUGAGACUUUUCAGUAACAGCUUCAUAUUUUGGAAACUAUCUCACAUGACAUGAAGUUAAUUUCUUUUACUCCUCAGAUAUUUAAUCAUCAUCACUUACACUUGAGAAAAUUAAAAAAAAUAAAAAUAAAAAAAA